UGGUCUCAGGGCCCGACAGGGGCCAGAGGCGCAGGUGCACCUGGCUCCAGAACACCUGUCCUGGGCCUGCCCUCCUGACCAGAGCUGUGGAGACAGCACAGGACCCACCUCCAAGGGAUCUGACAGUUGAGGGGACGAGGCCCUGCUGACCCGGGAGGGUGGCAUUGUGACACUGCUGGUGGAACCCCGUGAUGUCAGCAUUCCUGGAAUCCUCCUGCGUGGGUGGUGGCAGUUAGAGGCUGCUCGUGUCUGUGAGGGACUGACUCGUGUGCUUUCCUAGACAGGAGCAGACUCGGCAGAGGAGGACGGAUUUGGGACAGAGCUCAGACAUGGAGGCUCUGGAGUUGCUGGAGGCCCGGCAGCGAGCCGUGACCAUCACCAAGUAUGAGCAGGGUCGCCGAGGAGGGGUGCUGGUGAUGCCUUGGGAGGAGGAGGACGAGGCCACCCGCCCAUUCCCGGAUCAGCUGGGCAUCCUGCAUGAGAAGCGGUUGCCCCGGGACAGCGCCUGGAUCACCAAGAAUCGGCAGAACCGAAGCCUCCAAAAAUGGCUGAAAAUUCUGAAGAAUUGGCAGAAUUAUCAGAACACUCAGAAGCUGCGCCGCCGGAUUUACAAGGGUGUCCCUGCCCAGGUGCGGGGGAAGGUGUGGGGCCUGCUCCUCGGGGUGGACGCGGUGAAGGCGGAGAACCCCGGGGCCUAUCAGAAGCUGAAGGCGCAGGGCCGACUGCGGUCACAGUGGGUGCAGCAGAUCGAUGUGGCCGUGAGCAAGACCUUCAGGGGACACGUCAUGUUCCGGGAGCGAUUCGGAGUCAAGCAGCAGGCCCUGUUUCACCUGCUCUUGGCCUACUCCGUUUAUGACCCUGAGGUGAGCUACAGCCCGGGCCUGAACCAGGUGGCCGCCCUGCUCCUCAUCUUCUUAGAUGAAGAAGAUGCCUUCUGGGCCCUGGCGCAGCUCAUGGCCAACGACAGGCAUGCGAUGCAGGGGUUCUAUAAAGCCGGGCAGCCCAAGCUGGCGCGUCUGCAGCAGCAUCACGAGACCAUCCUGAAGCUGGCGCUCCCCACACUCAAGAGCCACCUGGACAGCCAGGGUGUGGCCACCAGGACCUACAUUCCCAAGUGGUUCAAAGGCUGCUUCACUGACGGGAUUCCCUUCGCAGUGACCCUCAGGUUCUGGGACAUUUACAUUCUGGAGGGCGAGCCCGUGCUGACGGCCAUGUCCUACAUGGCUCUCAAGAUCCACAAGAGCCGCCUCCUGCAGCUGUCCCAGGACACCCUCAGUGCGUUCCUCCAGGACCAGCUGAGCCAGGCCUGGGCCCUGGACGAGCAUGUCGUGGGGAGGCAGCUCCAGGCCUCCCAGUCGAAGCUCCGCAAGCUCCGCUGCCUGCUGCCUCCUCCAGCACUUCCAGAGGAGCUGCCCAGUGGUCCCCUUGGCCGGACGCUGGAGGCCGUGGAGCCAGGGCCGCUCCCCACACCAGGGAGGCCCGAGGUGCUGGGUGAUGAGGCCGCAGUGCAUUGCCCUUCUGGUUCCACCCUGCCCCAGGAGCUCCGGGGCUCAGCACCCUGCUGCCAGGCUGUGGGAGGAGUCGAGUGCUCCAUCCCUGAGGCCACGUGGGAGCUGGAGACAUGGAAGACACAGGAGGCCUCCCCAGAGCCUGGGGUCGCAGGCCUCCUGCAAGGGUCCCUGGAGUGUCUGGGUGCCGCCUCUGUCACUCCCACCGCCCACAACCCUGGGAAGCAGCAGAGCCUGUCAGCACCGGCGUCCCUGCCUGACCUGGUGGAGUACAUGCUGGCUGCAGACCGCUGGCCCCCACAGCGCCACAUCCUCCAGGCGCUCUUAGAGCCCACCAAGCCCACCACGGCCUCCCUGGGAAUCCGAGGACAUGCCCAGUCCUGUGGGUCCACGGAGCCUCCCUGCCCUCCCCCGACGAAGGUGCUAGAAGUUUCCAUGCUGGAAGACUGGGAACAUGAAGAGGACUCCCCCAACGCCUGGGCCUCCGGCCUCUCCCUGGGCUCCUCCGAGUUCUCCCGCCCUGUGGAGCGAGCAGGGGACCAGCAAGGGCUGUCGGGCUGGGGCUCCCUCCCUGACCUGGUGGUCUACAUGCUGGCCGCAGACUGCUGGCCUCCGGAUAGCGACAUCCUGCAGGCACUCUUAGACCCCUGCAAGGCCACUCUGGUUCCCCUCUGGACCAAGGGCCUGGGGGAGCCCCGAGACACUGUCUCCACUCCAGGGAGCUUUGAUGCAGAAGCCUCCUGCUGCGGGCCCUUCUCGAGCGAUGAGGAGUGGGGUGACGAGGAGGGCUCCCUUGAGCCCUGGGAGCCAGACCUGUUCCUCGGGGCAUCAGAGCCUCUGUGCUCAGUCCACAUCUCAGGGGAUGACCUCCGCAUGGCACAAGGAGCUGGCUUUCCUAAGCCUAGGGAGUCCUUGCCAGCUGGAGACCCUGGAACCCCAGAGAACAAAACCAAGUAGAACUGUGAGCCCCGCCCCUUCUGCCCUGGCCCCUGUUACUCCAGCUCCACCUGUGUCCCCCAGAACUUGAGACAGGCCCGAGGACCCCUGCCCUGUGGCCCCUGCAGACCAUGCACUCAGGCAGUGGUGGGUGGAGCAUCCCUAGGGCCAGGCCCAUGGUGGGUUCAUGACCCCGAGUGCUGGCAGAGCCUGGUGGCCUCCUCCAUGGUGAGGCUGUCACGCUGAGGCCAUGCAGGAAAAUAUGGGACCACUUUACCACCCUGCAAGUCAAUGGACCCUGCCUACACCGUGUCCUUCUUAUUGACAAGGGUCCUUCACUGCUUGGGUCCCUGAUCCUUAGCAGCCUCCCCUGGCCUCACCUGCACCUGGGUCCCAAAGUCAGGGUCCCAUGUAUGCUUUGUGCCCCCUACCCAGUAGCUGAGGUCAGGAGGAGUCCAUCCAGUCCAUGGUUGCUGUCCACUGAGCUGGGCUUGCAUCUGGCACCCAUCCCUCCUCUUAGAACAUUCUCUGACUCCCUGGGGUCUGGGCAUGCACUGAAUCACCAAUUUGGUGGCCUGUGGAGGCAGCAAGACUGUGUGGCCAACACAUUGUGGAGAUGGCAAAAGCAGAGGUGCUGGUUGCCCUCAACCUCAUAGGAGUGACCCAGGGUUCCCCCUGCCCCUUAUUGAUGGAAAUAGAAUAAAAAGUUUGUU